GGAGGCGGUCGCGCGUGCGCCGUCUCUGCUCCCGGCAGGUAUGGCGUGGGGCGGAGCUGCGCGCGCGCCCUGGGGGUGGCGGAAGAGGCGGGUACUGCGGUAACGGUCCGCGCCGCUCGAAGCCGUGUGCGUUGAGGUGCGUGUGGAGAGCUCGGCGGUGUCUGCUGAGCCACAUGUGGUGCCAAUGGAGUACAGCAUGUGGGCUCGUUCUAGAAGUGACGAUGAAGAACUGCUCGUAGCUGUGGAGUCGUUACGGAGUCAGCUGAGGAGAACUGAGAAAAGCUUACAGAGCGUAGGGGCAGAGCUUUCCAGCGCUGGUAUGAGGGAACAUUCUGAUUGCUGCUUUGAUGAGGCUGCAGACCUCACCCUGGAGAACCUUGUUCAGCUUACCUGCAACAGUCAGUGCUCUUCCAACUGCAAGAAGACUGUUGGUAAAACGUAUUGCUGGGAUUUUCAAAGAAAAUCCAAACAGGACUUGAUGCCUACAGCUUUUGAUAAAGCUGUGGAAGAAAAUGAACAUCUUAAGGAGAAACUGAAUGAUCUUUUUGAGCAAAAUGCAUCUUUGGCUUCUCAGAACCAUUACCUAAAGAACAGAGUUGAAACAACAAACUUGGAAUUGAUGGAGUCAAAAACAAGAAUUUCUUACCUUGAGUCAACUUUAGGUACACAUUUAGUCAGCAUUCCUAAGUUAGAAGAGCGAAUUGUAACUUUGGAAGCAGAAGUUUCAGCCCAAGAUAAAAUUCUAAGAGAUGCAGAAAAUAAACUAGAGCAAAGCCAGAAAACAGUAAUGGAAAGAGAAAGCGUGUUGCAAAGAUACAAAAAGGACUAUGAAAAUCUGAAAAUUGAGUUAAUUGAACGGAAUGAGCAAGGAAAAAGAGCAGAACAACAAAGAAAUGAAGCUUUAUUGAAUGCUGAGGAGCUAACAAGAGUUUUCCAAAAGUAUAAGGAGAAAAUAACUGGAAGAUUUGAAAAGGUUCAAGCUGAAGGAGCACGUUUAGAAAACUAUAUAGUUAAUUGUGAAAAAGAAAGAGAGAAGUUGAAUGAAAAAUGUGUCAGCUACAGAAAGCAUCUAGACAUCCAGGAUGAGCAAUUAAGGCAACUAAGGGAAGAGAAUCACAACGCAAAAAAAGAAAUUGUAACUCUGGAGGCAAAGAACAGUGAAAUGAUGUCAACAUUGAAUCAGUCUAAUCAGAAGAUCCUUGGGCUUGAAAAGGAACUUAAUGAAAAGAAAAGAGUACUUAAAGAGAAAAAUGCUCUUGUCAGUGAAAAUGCAGAGCUGAGAGCGCUUAAUGCACAACAGCAUGACAACUUGAAAUUAUGCCAUCAAGAAAUGGAGAAUUCAAGGCGAGAGCUCAACUUACUAGAAACCAUAAUUUCUCAGUUGUCUUCAAGUACAUCUGAAGAGUUUAAUUGGCAUAACCUGAAAUGUCAGCUAUCCAGUUCAUCCACCAAAGAAGCUGUCUCUGAAUCUUGGGAAUCAAAUAAACCUUUGACUGCAGGCCUGAGCACAGAAUUAGCAACAAAGGAAGCAGAAACUGGAAAGCCUCACACAAACUUAACUGCCUCUAAUACAGUUGAGCACUUAUUGAAUGAAAGUGAAAGACAAGAAAAAAGAGGGCUGUGUGGCCUGGAAACAGAGCCUGUCAAAUUGAUCAAAACUCAAGAAGAGAGGAGUAAAUGUCAACAGCUGGAACUUGUCAGUAAACAGUUUGAAAAGGAGAGACAAAGAUUCAAGAAGGAGAUGGAAAAAUUACGUGUUAAACUGGCAAAACUAGAUAAUGAGAAUUUGUCUUUGAAGACCAGCAUGGCUCAGAGAACCAGUCAGUUUCAAAGCAUGCAGGAAGAGCUAUCAGCGAAGACUUUAAAAACUAAUACCUUAAAGCAAGAAGUAGCAAAGAAAUCUACUCAGCUUUCUGCGCUUAAGAAACAACUGGAAGAAAAAUCUGUUGCUUAUUCUGCUGCUGCAGCGCGAAGUACUGAAUUGGAACAGGAACUCAUGAGAAAAAACAAACACAUUCGUGAGUUGGAAACAACUGUCAGUGAAGAACACAAGCAGCUAACUUCUGCUUUUGAAAAAGCAAAAUUGAUUCAUCUUGAGCAGCACAGAGAGAUGGAGAAACAAAUAGAACUACUUCAGACACAGCUAGAUAAGAAACAUCAACAAUUUGUAGAACAAGAGACGACAAUAUCUGUUUUGCAACAAGAUAUUAUACAUAAACAGCAUCACAUCGAAUCAUUGGAUGGACUACUGAUGGAGAGCGGAGAGGAACUGAAGAAGCAAGAUCUCAAGAAAGAUGAGAGACUGAAGAUACUGGAGAGUCAGUUAAAUGAGCAAACAAUCAAAGUGAAACAACUUGAGUCAGCGCUAGAUGUAUGUAAGGAAGAACUUGCACUGUAUUUGAGUCGGACGGAAGAAAAUAAGGAGAUGUUUGAAAAUCAGCUCAAAAAGAAGUCUAAAGAGGUUUGUUAUUUGCAAAAAGAAAUAAAACUAAAAGGUCGUAAUCUUCAGGACACAAGUGAACAGAACAUUCUCCUGCAACAGACUUUGCAUCAUCAGCAGCAAAUGUUGCAGCAAGAAACUAUUAGAACUGGGGAACUGGAAGAUAAUCAAACCAAGCUUGAAGAACAGGUAUCUACUUUAGAACAAGAACUUCAGAAACAGAAGGUAUAUGCAGAAGAUGAGUUGAGAAAGGUAGAGGAGAAACUCUACCUAGCUUGCCAGGAAGCAGAUUUAAGCAGACGAAAGGUGGAUGAACUUAAUAACAUAAUCCGGCAAAAGACACUGGAGAUGGAUGAGUGUAAGAAUGAACUUUCUGGUAUGGGAAAAGAAGUAGUGCAAUUAAAACAAGACAUUGAUGACAAAACAAUGCAAAUAAGUCAUUUGGACAUCACUUUGAAGGAAGCACGAUCAGAGCUCAGUGGAAAGACAAGUGAGGUGACCGCUUUAGAAGAUAAACUGCUUCAAAGUGAGACUUGCCACAGGGAGGCAUUACAGAAAAUAGCGGGGCUAGAAUCUGCAUUGCAAAAUGCCCAUGGAGAAUUAAAAGUCAUUUCACUACAGCUUCAGGGGUUGCAAGAUGCGUUACAGAAUGCACAGUUGUCUCUGGAGGAGAAGCAGGCUACUAUCAUGAAUCUAACAGCUGAGCUCAGGUAUUGCAAGGGAGAAAUUGAAGACAAAAAACAAGAGCUGCUUGACAUGGACCAAGCACUGAAAGAAAGGAAUUGGGAACUGAAACAAAGAGCAGCACAGAUUACACAGUUGGAUAUGACAGUUCGUGAGCAUAAGGGAGAAAUGGAACAACAAAUAAUUCAGUUAGAGUGCAAUUUAGAGAAAUCAGAGUUAGAAGUUAAGGAAUGUAACAAACAGAUUGAGAGCUUAGAGAGCAAACUCCAGCAUUCUAAGGAGGAACUUCGUGAAAAAGACUUUGAACUGCUCCAGAGAAAUCAAGAAAUAAAUCAGCUGAAGAAGAAAAUGGGAAGACAACAACAGAGCCUAGAAGCUCUUGAAAAAACAGUGAAAAACCAGGAGAAUUGCAUUGGAGACCAGUACAGGGAAGCAUUAGAUUUGGGUCAGCAAUUGAAGCUAGAACGAGAACAGCUGCAGCAUACUCACUCAGAGCUGGUGGAGGCUCGUCAAAUGCUAGUGCAGUCCCAAAGAGAAGCAGACAGACUCGCGUGUGAAUUAGAAGAAGUAAACCAUCUGUCCCAAGAGAAGGAAUCUCGUGCAAACCGUCUGGCAGAAGAACUGGGUGCUGCCAAGGCUCGUGAAGCUCAACUAGAACUACAAAUGCAAUCUGAGAUAAACAGGCUUUUUGCAGAAAUAAGUUCAUUACAAGACACUCGUCAGAUAAAGAAGCUUGCUCGCGAGAAAGACCAAGCGAAAAGACAGAUAUCAACAGAACACCAGAAAUUUGAUUCUUACCAUCUGAGUGAACACUUGCAGCAGAUGAAGGUAGAGUCAGAAGAGGCUCAAGAUAAUGUCAGUAAUCUGCAGUUACAGCUUCAGGUUGUUCCUCAGGAAUUGGAUUGGCCUUAGCUGUAAAAAUGGCAAAAGAUGAACAGGAAAGAUUUAAAGGUAACAACAUUUCUGUUAUUUAUCUUUAUUUAAAAUACAUAUAUCUUUCAAUGCAAUAGUUUUGUGUUUCAUUCCCCAUUACUUAAUAGAUUAUAGUAAUUCAAUCUGACUCUUUUCUUGUCAGUUUCCCCUUCCUAUCAUCAAGGAAAUAGUGCAGUGAAAAUAUACCACUUCUUGUGAGCAAAUAGUAUUUUAGCUUGAACACCUGCAUCAAUUGAACAGAUCUCUCUCUCUCUCUUUCUCUUAUGCUUGUAGUUAGCUUCAUUUCUGGCUACUAAAAAUUUUGUUGAAUGAAAUGUUUGUGUCAAUUUGAAGGCCAAAGAAAUUCGUUUAGAAGAAAAAAUAAUCUUGUAGUUAUUUUCCCUGAUGUGUUUCAUUAUUCUAACCCUAUGCACCUGUAAGAGGGUGAACAGAAGAAAUGGGAUAUUUGCUAUGACUGUAAGUAGAUGGCAAGGUAAAUAUAUCAGCCUGCAGGAAAUCAGUUUCUCAUCAUUCUUUACAGCAUUUUACUGCAAGGGGGCUGGUUGCAGAUGCACAGUUUUAUGGAUAAUUAUGGUACAGUAACAAAACUACAUGAUCAUUAUGGUCCUUUUCAACCCAGGCCAUUCUAUGAUUUAUUCUGGGAAGUUGCUCGCAUAUAUGAACAUUUUUACAACUUGAGGAAGCAGCUAUCAUUUUUAAUAGCUCUUUUUGUUAGCUAGCAUGUGAUUAAAAAAAAAAGCAUAUAUAGACUCCAAUAUUAUGUUUGGAAUUAUUAAAAAUGACUCAGCAGCCUGGCUUGGUACUAUGCUGUGUGUUUUACUUUGUGCAUAGUGACUUAAUUCUCAAUUUUAAUUUUUUGAAGGUUUCAGAACCAGAUUCUGGGGAAUUAGUGCUAGUUUAUGUUGAAAAUGGGAUCUUCCUACUUCAAGUUUUUGUCUAGAUUCUAUUACUGACAUUUAAGAUAUAGAUGAAAAAAUAUUCUUUACGCUGCCACAGGAAAGAUUUUAGUUUCUGAUCGACUAUGGCUUCUGAUUUGUUGCAGUGUAUGCCACAAUGCGGAAUCUGGCCAAGAAAGAUGCACUUGAGGAAGCUGCAGGUCAUAAUCUGGGCAAAACCUUGGAAAUUAAGCAACUGGAUGUCUGUGAUGAACAGUCCAUUAAAACUUGUGUGAAUAGUAUCCCUGACAGAAGGAUUGAUGUCCUAGGCAAGUACAGGAUGUGAACAGAUAAGUACUGUUUUUCUCCUCAAAUACACUGGAGAAGCUUCACUGGUGCAUUUUUUCAUGUCAUUAAAGUAAUAGUCAUUGCAUAGUUUGCUCUGUUCGUGGUUCUUUGGGCUUUGUGCAGACAUGAAUUAAAUCUCACUGUGCUUCUGUGAAGUUGGGAAGCUCGUUUUCUUUAUUUACAGAGGAGAAGCUUGAUUGCAGAAACUGUUGGAUUAGAUGAUGAAGUUCUAUUAUAAUAAAGUGUGAGAACUUUUUGCCCAAAUCUGCAUCCUUGUGUACAAGACUUACUGCCCUAUCGACAACCAUAGCCCUGUCAGUCCUGCCUAAUAAGAAAGCAAUAGCAUUCGGAAAUCAGAAGUAAAAUAACGCAAAGAGUUCUUUAAUUUGGUGUGGAGAAUUAUAGUUGUGCUGUGCAAAUAAUUCAGCAAUUAGUGUUCUCAUACUCUUUUGCUAAAAAUAAACACUGAUAUCUUAGGAAACACUGAUAUCUUAAGAUGGAAGAUGCUUACACACUCAAGAAUGAAAUCUCUGAGAGAAAAUCAUGGACCUGCCUUUCUUUUGAUAAAGUUUAAAAACUGUUUAACAAAAUACAUUUGCAAACUAUAUUAUGAUCUAAUUUCUAAAAUAUGAUAGUUUUAUUGUAGAACACCUCCUCUAUCAGUCAUUCCCAACUUGUAAAUAUUUGGGAGACAAAACAGAAACAAAAACUGUGAGGGUAGUGU